AUGUCUUUGUCUGCAUCAGUUGAAGACGUGGAGCGCUUCGUUCAGAUACUCGAAUCCUCGCCUCAUCUAUGCUCUUACAUCUCCAAGUUGACAAUCGCCAGUCGCCUGCUCUCUCCCUUCUCUCGUCUUCGGCUUCCUAACGUCCGGAGGCUCAAACUGUUCGGUCGCCCGCUCGACUUCACCGGGAAGUGCCAGGUGGACGGUGUCCUCAAGCAGUUGCUCCGCAUGGCCGAUAAUGGAGACCUCGAUCUCGCACUCGAAGAUGUCUCCUUGAGCACGACUUUGGUAUUCCCAUACAUCAAUACUGUGGAUACCAUCAAUGCGCUCCUGCGGCGGAGCGAAGCGCUGCGCUCGGCAAGUGGCUGCAAGCUCAUGGGGUGCCACGAUCGAAUACUCACUUUCAUGACAGAGACCGUUGAUUUUUCGAGGAAUCAGCUGCUCGUUUCUGCGACCAUUCACCUGAGGCUCAGCGCCGACCGUUCCCUACGAAGAUACUUUGAUCAUAUCGCGCGUUCGCUCUGCACGAUCGAGUCACGCUUCUUGAGAUCGAUGUCUCUGGACAUAGGGGUGUGGGUGUCGGAUCACGCGCUUCUGGCGGAAUGCAUGAGCUCCAUCGAGUCCGCGCUCGCAGACACGCGUUUCGAGCGCGUCACCGAGUUGCGCCUGGGGGUCGCGGGUCCCCGUGCUGAUGGCGAUGUCUACAACGAAGCUGCCUUGAUUCAAGAGUAUCUCGUAGGCAUCCGAGAGCGCGGUGUCGUGGUGCGGCCGAGGGUGUCCGACUUACCAUGA